AGGACCGGGAGAAACAUGUUUAACUCGGUGAAUCUGGGCAACUUCUGCUCCCAGACGCGCAAAGACAGGACUUCCGAGUUUGCGGAUAGGACGGGCUGCGCCUCUAACAUUUAUCUCCCAAGCUGCACCUAUUACGUGCCUGAAUUUUCUGCGGUCUCUUCUUUUUUACCACAGGCCCCAUCGCGGCAAAUCACCUACCCUUAUUCUACAAACCUGUCUCAAGUGCAGCCGGUCCGGGAGGUUUCCUACGGCUUGGACCCGUCCAGUAAAUGGCACCAUAGAAGCAAUUAUGCGUCCUGCUAUUCAGGAGAGGACCUGGUGCACCGAGACUGUCUCCCGCCAUCCACCAUGACAGAAAUGCUUAUGAAAAACGAGAGUGUGUACAGCCACCAUCACCAUCACCAUCCUAGCUCCAACCAUACCUCUACGGGUUUUUACUCUGGAGUGGGGAAAAACAACGUCCUCCCACAAGGCUUUGACCGAUUUUUCGACAGCGCCUACUGCGGCGCGGACAGUCAACCGGAGAAUUGUUUACAAAAGGGCGAGGCAAGCAAGUGUGAGUCUGAGACCCAGCAACCCAGCGCGCUCCCUGGCGCCGCGGAUCCGGAAAAAGACGCCGAGGAUGAGGAGGAACACACAAACUCGGGCUCAUGUGCUUCUUCCAACACGAAGGACGGCAGCACCAACAAGACCAGCCACUCGAGUGCUCCUCGCACGAGAAAAAAGAGGUGUCCAUACUCCAAGUUUCAAAUCCGGGAAUUGGAGAGGGAGUUCUUUUUCAACGUUUACAUAAACAAGGAGAAACGGCUGCAGCUUUCCAGAAUGCUGAGUCUCACUGACCGACAGGUCAAGAUCUGGUUCCAGAACCGACGGAUGAAAGAAAAGAAAUUGAGCCGGGAUCGGUUGCAGUACUUCUCUGGAAACCCCUUGUUGUGAACGCUG